AUGCGAGAAGGGCGACCAGUGGCAGCGGGCGCUUGCGCUGCUGAGCGAGAUGCGGGAGGCGGAGCUGGAGCCCGACGUCAUCACUACAAUGCCGGGAUCAGCGCGUGCGAGAAGGGCGAGCAGUGGCAGAGGGCGAUUGCGUUGCUGAGCGAGAUGUGGCAGGCGACGCUGGAGCCCGACGUCAUCAUAUCCUACAACGCUGGGAUCAGCGCGUGCGAGAAGAGCGAGCAGUGGCAGCCGGCGCUUACGCUGCUGAGCGAGAUGUUGGAGGCGAAGUUGGAGCCCGACGUCAUCUUCUUCAGCUACAACGCUGCGAUCAGCGCGUGCGAGAAGGGCGGGCAGUGGCAGCCAGCGCUUGCGCUGCUGAGUGAGAUGCGGGAGGCGAAGCUGGAGCCCGACAUCACCUCUUCUUCAGCUACAACGCUGGGAUUAGCGCGUGCGAGAAGGGCGAGCAGUGGCAGCGGGCCUUAG